CUAUCAUGGGCAGAAAGGUCUUCUCCUCUUCUCUCUGACCCACAGCAUCCUCUUUUCCCCAACAGAUGCUCCUAAGAAGCCCUCCUUGACCUCCUUCCUGGAGACUCAGUCUGGGAACCAGGCUGUCAUACAAUGCAUGGUUGAGAGCUACCCACCGUCCGACCUGACCUUGUAUAGAGAAGAUACCAUUGUGGCUUCUAGCAGGACUUCUGGGGGCUUGCCAGACCAGCGGCUCAGUGUCCACUUGGCCCAGAAUUCCUUGAAAGUGGAAAUCCGGGAGCUACUCUUGCAGGACGAAGGGCAGUACCGCUGUUUGGCUAACAACACUUAUGGGAGAUCCACCGCCUCCAUACACUUUGGUGUGGAUAGUGCAAGGAUCACAAUCGAUCCUGGCCUGGAUAUUCAGGAAGGAGCCACGGCCAACUUGACCUGUGUGGUUGCCAGCCGGGCAGCGGGUGAAAUGAAUUACACCUGGUACAAGAAUGGCAGGCAUGUCCGAGAGGGCCCUGAUCCGUCACUCCUCCUGGACGGCGUGGCCAGAGAUGACGCUGGCUCAUACCAAUGCCAGGCAGAGGGCAUGAUGGGACGUGUGACAUCCGCCUUGGUCAACUUGAAUGUCCAUUGUGAGUGCAGCUGUGAUUAUCCACCCAGGAAAGCUUUGGUGAAGUCAUUCUUGGAGACCCAGAAAGGGAAGUUGGCCGUCAUUGUGUGCACCGUUGAGAGCAACCCCAUCUCCAUGCUGUCUCUCCGUCGAGCCAACCAAGUUCUGGCAGCCAGUUCCUCCCAACUGAACAGAGCGCUGGACCAUAAGCUGAAGGCAGCUUCCUCUCCAAACUCCUUGAGGCUGGAGAUCAAAGAGGUCAGCCCAGAUGAUGAAGGGACGUACGAGUGUCUGGCGAGUAACGGAAUCGGCCAGACAAGCACCUCCUUAGACUUCACGGUGGAGACCACCCGGGUUGUGAUCCAGCCCAUCUCAGAUGUGCGUGAGGGAGAGCAUGUCUCCCUCACCUGUGAAGACACUGCAUCCAUGUCCAAUUCUCUUUACACCUGGUACAAGAAUGCAAAGUGGUUGAUCGAGGAUUCAGCUCCUUCUCUCCAGUUCCACGCUGUGUCCGCCAGCGAUAUGGGCACAUACUCCUGCCAAGUUCGUAGUGAGAGGGGAAUCCGGACUUCUCCCCCUGCUGCCUUGCAUGUGCUCUGUAAGUACCUUUGCGCUUAUGGACAGAAUAGCCUCUUGGGUACGAUAACGUUCGCUACAGAUUGA